CCCGAGCUCUACUUGCGGACGAGCGAGGCGGAGGGCGGGGGAGGGGGGGAAGGAGGAAAGACUCCACUUCCCGGCGUGCCCCGGGGCGGCGCAGAGCCUCCGAACUCCAUUUCCCGUCGGCCCAGUCCCCGGAGCACCGGAAGCUCGCCCCGCCUCUCAUUGUGCAGCUCCUACUAAACGGAAGGGGCCGGGAGAGGCCGCGUUCAGUCGGCUCCAGGCAUCGGCGGCGAAGGAGCGACGCCCUCCUCUCCUGUGGCCCUCGUUUCCUCCCUCACCCUCCCUCCCUCGCUCGCUCGCUCCUUUCCGGAACCAUGGCCUCUGGGGUGGCUGUCUCGGAUGGGGUGAUCAAAGUGUUCAACGACAUGAAGGUUCGCAAGUCCUCGACCCCGGAGGAGGUGAAGAAGCGCAAGAAGGCCGUGUUGUUCUGCCUGAGCGAGGACAAGAAGAACAUUGUGCUGGAGGAGGGCAAGGAGAUCCUCGUGGGUGACGUGGGGCAGACUGUGGAUGACCCCUACACCACCUUUGUCAAGAUGCUGCCAGACAAGGACUGUCGCUAUGCCCUCUAUGAUGCUACCUACGAGACCAAGGAGAGCAAGAAGGAGGACCUGGUGUUUAUCUUCUGGGCCCCUGAGUGUGCCCCCCUCAAGAGCAAAAUGAUCUAUGCGAGCUCCAAGGACGCCAUCAAGAAGAAACUGACAGGAAUCAAACACGAAUUACAAGCCAACUGUUACGAGGAAGUGAAGGACCGCUGUACCCUGGCCGAGAAACUGGGGGGCAAUGCCGUGAUUUCCCUGGAAGGGAAGCCCUUGUGAGUCUCCCACCUCUGGCCCCCCUGCUGGGGCUGCCCAAGCCCAGUGGGGGAGCAGGCUGCCCCCUUCCUGCCAGACCCGAGGGGCUGGGGGGAUCCUAGCAGGGGCAGGGCAAUCCCUUCACCCAUUUGCCAAACCGCCCCCGACCCCUGACCUCCCCCACUUCACCCUGAUGGCUCUGGCCUACCCAAACCGCCUUUGAUAUUCUCAUUCCUCUUGAGUUGUAGCAGACCAAGGCCCCCCUGGACGCCCAGAUUGGGGGGAGGCCAGUAUUUUUAUUUUUAUUUUUUUUUUUGGUAACUGACAACCCCCAGUUUUCCCCCUUCCCCGGUGCUGCCAACUUCUAACCGCAAUAGUGGCUUUGUGCUUGUUGUUUAGUUUUGUGUGUAAAUGGAAUGUUGUGGAGAUCCCCUCCCCCACACAGCCGGCUCCCCUUCCCCCCUCCCCCAGUUACUCAUGUGGCCAGUAAAAGGAAAGUUCAAUUUAAAAAAAGACAAAUAAAAAAAGGUGAGCUGCUCUGCAGGU